UCCCCUUCCCUGCCGCCCCGCGCGGGCCGGGCGGGGCCAGGCGGAGUCUUCUUCCCCCGACGGGAUCCGCCACUGCCGUCGCUUCUCGCCGCAGCCGGAGCCCGAGUCGGAGCCGGGCAGCCCCGCAGGAUGGACCUCCUGGAACUCACAGGUCCUGCCGCCCUUCCCAAGCACAUUCUGGACGUCUGGGUCAUCGUCUUGAUCAUCCUGGCCACCAUCCUGGUGAUGACGGCGCUGGUGCUCUGCCCGGCCACCGCCGUCAUCAUCUACCGCGUGCGAACUCACCCCACGCGCAACGGCAUCGUGUGAGGCAAGCAGCAAGGAGUGGAAAUGCCCGACAAAAUUAUUUCUUCUUUGGAGUCCCAGCUCUCAGGGUGUUUGGAAAAAAGGGUCAAAGCAAGAUGGAUGUGGCUUCUGGUUGCGAGUUUGAAGGCUUGGCUGAAAGCAUCGGUGACAGAGCCUGUCCUGGCUGCACAGCAGACGUGCAGCUGGCACUGGCUUCUCCUCUAUCUAUUAUCUGCUGAAAUUGUAGGAAAAUCUCUGGGGCUCUUGGUUCCUCUGGGUCUUGCGGGGCAGAGGAGUGUGUGCAGCUCCUGCCAGCCUGUCUGCCUGCACGCUGGCUGCGCUCCCCGCUCCCGAUAGCGAGAGCCUCUGCUGUUCACCCAACACACCGGCCCCACUGGGGGGUCUGUGCACCUCUCCCCUGGGCAGGUAAAGUGGGAGGAGCAGGUUUGUGCCCAGUCAGUGGCAGGGGAUCAUGUAAGUUCUUGCAUUGCUCUCUGUUAUGAAAUAAAUGGACUUUAACCUACA